AUGCUCUCCUCUCUGCAGAUCCGCAGUGGACCGUAUGCAUCAAAAAUCGCGGGAUUGGGAGGCCUUCCAAGCAUUAUACCGGAUAUUCCCGCUUGCGCGGUGCUCAUUACAUUGUAUAUUGGGUUCGCUGCGACGAACAUGUCAAUAUUUCAAAUCAACCGCCGAAGAGGCCACAAGUUCGUCCUGUCUUGCUUGCUCUUUGGCUUCUGCAUGGCCAGGAUUGUCACUCUCAUCUUGCGCAUAGCCUGGGCUAAUCGAAAACACAAUGUGCGACUCGCUAUUGCGGCUAACAUCUUGGUCAAUGCCGGUGUCCUCCUUGCCUAUGUUGUCAAUUUCAUUCUCGCGCAGCGUAUUCUCCGAGCCAAACAACCGCACAUCGGCUGGCAUCCUAUUUUGCGCUACGGCUCCAGGGUUCUUUACGCCUUCAUUAUUGGAGCUCUGGUGAUGGUUAUCACUGCUACGGUAGUUUCCUCCUACACGCUAGAUAUGCAUACUCAAGCACAAUGCCGUGAUGUCCAACUCGCCGCCAUAACCUACCUCCUCGUCUUUACUUGUCUUCCCGUUAUCCACGUCAUUUGUGCACUCCUCUUGCCGGAGUCACCAGAAGAGGAAUGCUUUGGGCAAGGGGGGAUGAAAAGCAAGAUUGCGAUCGUGUCCCUCUCGUCGGCUUUAUGCAUCCUUAUCGCUGGCUUCAAAGCUGGUGCGAAUUGGUCCCCUCCCCGGCCAGUUAUGAACCCAGCCUGGUACCACUCUAAGGCAUCCUUUUACGUUUUCAAUUUCGUACUGGAGAUUCUUAUCCUAGGUGUUUUGACUCUUAGCCGCAUUGACAGGCGGUUCCACGUUCCGAACGGUUCAACAAGACCUGGGGAUUACACCCGGUUGGCAAUGCAGCCAGAUAAGGAGUUUGAACAUCUCGAAACAAAAUAAAAACAGUCUCUUCCAACAAACCGAACGGAAAACUUUCACCGAGCUGAAUAGGUACUUAACGCUACCUGUGAU